CUCUCUCUCCCUCUCUCUCUCUGCGUCUCUGAACCUUCGAAACCUAAGCAACGCCUUUCCAUGUUCUUCACGAUCAUCUGACCAGGAUCGGGUCGCAAAUUUUUCAUGGAGUUUGGCGUUGAUGGCGAUGUUAAUGGAGACAUUUUGCGAAAUUCUGUUGAGGUGGAGACUAGUAGGGGAGGGGAUGACAAUGAAACCGGUGGAAGUUCCGUUGAGGGUGCAUUCCAGCAGGAUCAACAUGAAAAGAUGGACCAAGAUUCUUCUGGGAUAGAUAUAAUUCCAGUAGGAGUGCCAGCCACAUCGGUGGUUCAAGCAGAUGAGCCUUAUGUGGGGCAGGAAUUUGAAUCUGAAGCAUCUGCACAUGCAUUCUACAAUGCGUAUGCCACACGCAUUGGGUUCGUCAUCCGUGUAAGCAAACUCUCUCGUUCAAGACGUGAUGGAUCUGCAAUUGGACGUGCACUUGUUUGUAACAAAGAGGGGUAUAGAAUGCCUGACAAGCGCGAAAAAAUUGUAAGGCAAAGGGCGGAGACAAGGGUUGGUUGCAGGGCAAUGAUUUUGGUGCGGAAAGUGAGUUCUGGUAAAUGGGUUGUUACAAAAUUUGUGAAGGAGCAUACUCAUCCUUUGACUCCUGGAAAAGGUCGAAGAGAUUGCAUCUACGAUCAAUAUCCGAAUGAGCAUGACAAGAUCAGGGAACUAUCCCAGCAGCUGGCUAUAGAGAAAAAGCGAGCAGCUACUUACAAAAGGCAUCUAGAACUGAUAUUUGAGCAUAUCGAGGAACACAACGAGAGCUUAUCAAACAAGAUUCAGCACAUAGUAGACAGUGUGAAGGGCAUGGAAACGAAAGAGGAGCAAAGUCGUAGAUAGUUUCGGUGAGUUGAAGCUUUAUUUUUCGGUUUUGAUGAGUGACAAAAAAAGGCAAUGGUUUGAAGCACGCUGCUGGACGAAGGGUGCAUUAGUACUAUAUGCCAUAACUCAACGUUGUGCUUCAUAUCCGUUUUAGGUAUUAUAGUCAGUAUCUAUAGACUGGAUGUUUGGGCCAGUGGCAUUCAUUAUUAGAUUUGUCUCUGUAUUGACUUUGACUAUGCGCCAAUGUCUGAAACAGAAAGGGGGUGGUAGAUGAAAUUAGGUUAGUCAUGUAUAGGUCCAUUGAGCCCAUCCUUGGGUAGAUCACUUAUAAUGGGAUUUCUGAUAUCCCAAGGAAAUUGAAUUAUUCCAUUGUGUUUCAUGUGGAAGAAUCCAUUUGUUUAUGCUUGUACAGUA